UCUCAUAUAUAAGGACCAACAGCACCAGACAUUGGCAUCACACAUCUCUUCACAUCCCACGUACAUACAUCGAGGUUGAAGUUUGCAGAUUUGUCGUAUACAACACAAGAAGAAAUCAACAAAUAAGAAAUGGCUUCUUUCAAGAAUCUGAUAUUCAUCGCCUUGGCCGUGUACGCCGUGUCCGCCGAAGAAAAUAAACCCGCCGAAGAUGGAGCUAGAGUGAAGAAACACGCCUACAUCGCUGCUGCCCCAGCUCCGGUUUUGGCUUACUCUGCAGUAGCCCCGGGAUACUCGUACUCUUCAUACUCUAAUUACCCAGCCACCUACGCUUACAAAUACGCCGCUCCAGCUGCUUACGUCGCUCCAACUGCUUACGCUGCCCCAGCUGCUUACGUCGCACCGGCUGCCUACGCCGCACCAGCUGCCUAUGCCGCCACCCCAUACGCCGCUUACUCGAGUUACGCAACUUACCCGAGCUACGCAGCUUACGACGAUGGAAAAUACUACCCAGGCAAAUACGAGAAGUCGUACUUCCCAGCAGCCUACAAAGCUGCAUACCCGGUCGCCUAUCACUACUGAAUACCUACACUCGCCCAUAUGAUUCUCAACCUCCUGACAAAAUGCAUAGAUUUAAAAAAAUACGAUUUUCGACAAUAAAAAUGUGAUCCUUUUUUCAUCAA